UUGCCCCUCUUCUCCCCCUCUACAAGAUAUUUCUCCUCCCCCUCUCUCUUUUCAUCCGUUUUCAUCCCUUCUCCUACAGCCUCGUCUACACCAAGCACUGUGACACUAUUCCUACAUAUUAAACCACAAAAAGCAUCCUCUUUUGGCAAAAAUGGUUCCCAAAGUUGGCAUCAACGGCUUUGGCCGAAUCGGUCGAGUUGUUCUCCGCAAUGCCCUCGAGACGGGCGCCGUCGAGGUGGUGGCACUCAACGAUCCUUUCAUUGAGCCUCACUAUGCAGAGUACAUGUUCAAGUAUGAUUCCACUCACGGCCGCUUCAAAGGCGACAUCAAAGUCGAUGGCAAGGACCUAGUUAUCGAUGGAAAGAGGAUCAAGUUCUACCAGGAGAGAGACCCCGCCAAUAUCCCCUGGAAGGAUAGCGGCGCUGAGUAUAUUGUCGAAUCUACUGGUGUUUUCACCACCACAGAGAAAGCCAGUGCCCACUUCAAGGGUGGCGCCAAGAAAGUCAUCAUUUCUGCUCCCUCUGCUGACGCCCCUAUGUACGUGAUGGGUGUCAAUGAGGACACCUACGCAGGUGCCAAUGUCAUCUCCAAUGCCUCUUGCACAACCAACUGUCUAGCACCGCUGGCCAAGACACUCAAUGACAAGUUUACCAUCGUCGAGGGUCUUAUGACUGCCAUCCACGCUUACACCGCGAGUCAAAAGACUGUCGAUGGUCCUUCGUCCAAGGAUUGGCGUGGCGGUCGUGCUGCCGCACAAAACCUGAUUCCUAGCUCCACUGGGGCUGCCAAGGCUGUUGGAAAGGUUAUUCCUGAGUUGGCAGGCAAGGUCACUGGCAUGUCUGUCCGAGUUCCCACCGUCAACGUUUCUCUCGUUGACUUCACGGUCCGAUUUGCAAAGGACGUCACUUAUGACGAGGUCAAGGCUGCGAUCAAGGAGGCCUCUGAGGGACCUCUCAAAGGCAUCCUCGCUUACACUGAAGACGACAUUGUGUCUACUGACAUACUCACUGACCCUCACUCAUCGACUUUUGAUGCCAAGGCUGGCAUAGCCUUGAACAAGAAUUUUGUCAAGGUCAUGAGCUGGUACGACAAUGAAUACGGCUACAGUCGCCGUGUGGUGGAUCUGAUCGUCUUUGUUUCCAAAAAGGAUGCCGGCCAGUAAGACAAAGUGAACGGCCCGGGGUAUUUCACGAGUGUUAGUGCUCACUAACGGGCCACGCAUCCCCCAUGUAUUGAGAUUUCCAAGGGUGGAAUUGUCCGAGAUACAGAUGGUAAAAAGGAUUAGUAAAAUAAAAAGUCUUUAACAGUUCCUCUUGCCG